AUGGACGAAGUGGUAGUGAAGCAGGGCUUCCUGUACCUACAGCAGCAGCAGACUUUUGGAAAGAAAUGGCGGCGGUUCUGGGCCAUGCUAUAUAGAGAGUCAGAUUGUGCCUUGGCCCGGCUGGAGCUCCAGGAAUGCCCAGAGAAACAACGCCGUGGAGAGGCUGCCCGAAGGGUUAUCCGUCUCAGUGACUGCUUGCGGGUGGCUGAGGCCAGUGGGGAGGCCAGCAGCCCCCGGGACACCAGCACUUUCCUCCUGGAGACCAAGGAGCGUCAGUGGCUGCUGGCAGCCCCCAUUGCAGAGCGUGGUGACUGGAUGCAGGUCAUCUGCCUGGUGGCCUUCCCUGGACAGAAGAAAGAGCUUUCAGGGCCAGAGGGUGUGCUGGGGAAGAGCAGCCGACCUUGCAUGGAGGAGAAUGAAUUGUACAGCAGCUCGGCCAAUGUGGUUGCCCAGAAGAAGUUUGCUGUGACCAUGAGACCCACAGAAGCCAGUGAGAGGUGCCGGCUCCGGGGAGCCUAUACCCUCCAGGCUGGGGAGAGUGCCCUGGAGCUGUGGGGUGGCCCUGAGCCAGGCACCCUGCUGUACGACUGGCCUUAUAGGUUUCUGCGGCGCUUUGGGCGGGACAAGGUAACCUUUACCUUUGAGGCAGGCCGGCGCUGUUUCUCUGGGGAGGGCAACUUUGAGUUUGAAACUCAGCAAGGCAAUGAGAUCUUCUUGGCCCUGGAGGAGGCCAUCUCCGCCCAGAAGAACGCUGCCCUUCCGGGGCCCCAAACCCAGGUGGCCACCAUUCCCACAGUGCUGCCCCAGGCAGAAAGCCCCUACUCCCAGCCCCAUGACUCACUGUCCCCACCAUUGCCCACCACGCUAGUGCCUACACCACGGCCUCGAGGCACAGAGGGGGAAUAUGCAGUGCCCUUUGAUGCAGUGGCCCGUUCCUUGGGAAAGAACUUGAGAGGCAUCCUGGCAGUCCCUCCCCAGCCCCCAGUCGACCCUCUGUAUGAUAGCAUCGAGGAGCACCCAGCCCCCCGACCUGACCACAUAUACGAUGAGCCUGAGGGAGUGGCUGCCCUCUCCUUGUAUGACAGCCCCCAGGAGCCCCAGGGUGAGGCGUGGAGGAGGCAGGCCAAAGAUGACAGGGACCCCAGUGGCCUCCAGCAUGUCCUUCCAGCAGGGCAGGACUUCUCUGCCUCUAGCUGGCCUCAGAGAACCGAGUAUGAUAAUCUUGUACUCAAGAAAGGCCCAAAGUGA